CGGAGCUGAAUGGGCGGACGAUGAUUUCGCCAAUUCUGACUCCCACGGCUUAUCAUCAUCAUCAUCGGUGACAAACACUACUCAUCGGAAUUGUAUAUGGACUCUUUACUCGGCUUCGCACAAUCCCCGGCUACUGCUGUCUUGCGCCGUCCGCUAACCCCCACUUCAGGACCAAUCAGAAAUGGCGGGUUGAGCUUCAGAGCUAAACCCAACGACGAAACUGACCCAUUACUCCAAGACGCCAUUAAUUCUGCUUCUCUUCGUUUCCGAGAGACCCAUCGCCCUGAGCCUUUGUUUGUUGAUCCAUAUGCGGGUUGCUUUGUUCAUCCGAAUGCGCAGAUGGAUUUGAAGCAAUGGUCACACCAUUAUUGUCUUGCAACUAAGUACAUUGAUGAUAAGUUGCUUCGUACAGUAAACCAUAUAGAUGGACUUAAGCAGGUUGUUUUGCUAACAGAUGGAAUGGACACUCGGCCGUAUAGGCUUAAUUGGCCGACUUCGACUAUAAUUUUUGAUAUAUCGCCGGACCGGGUUUUCAAUGGAGCGACUGAGAAGCUUAAAGGUGUUGGGGCUAAAAUCCCAAAAAGUUGCUUGUUCCUUCAUGUUCCAUUGGACUCCUCCGACUUGCAGCAAACUCUACGUGCUAAAGGCUUUAAUGGUAACCGGCCUAGUAUAUGGGCCAUGCAGGGACUGCCUGUGAUGACUUUGGCAAAUUUUGAGGACAUUUUGCUCACUGUAAGUGGUCUGUCAAUGAAAGGAUGUGGCUUUUUGGGAGAAUUGCCAGCUUGGCUGGCAGAGACUGAACUAGUGACCAAGACUAGUGCAAAGGAAUGGAUGGAAAAAUUGUUCAUGACCAAUGGCUUUCGGGUAGACAUGAUCCGCUAUGAAGAAGUUGCAAAGAGUUUAGGCAAAGAAUUAGCACCAGGAUCGUACAAGAAUAUACUAUUUUCCUCAGAACAACUGCGGUUUUCUGAUGAUCAGAUGGAAACAUGGAGAAGGGAAUUUCAACGAGUUGAGGAACAAGGGGAUGAAGAAGGCUUUGAAGAGCUCUGAUAGAAAUUGGUUAGUUGUCGCCAUAACAACAUAUCGCUUCUUUUGGCGAUCUUGUUUCUUCUAGCCUCCACAUUGUCAAUUCUUGUUAAUAAAAGGUUUUGGAAUGUGGUUGUCCUCUCUCAAUUUUCUUGUUGGUAUAGAAAUACAAAAGUAUAACGUAUACAUCAGGUGUCAAAUAUCAAUGGUCCAUAUUUAUGUCUGCUCCGGCUAAUCUCACACCCCAGCCCCAGUGUCAACUGUUAAGAGCUAAGAUGUGUAAGCCUUCUGUAUUUCAUUUUGAACAGUCGCUGUUAUAGAAAGUUUGUUGCUGACAGAUUCUAAUAGAAUGUAUAUAUCUU